AUGGCUGGCCGCCUUGCAAUGAUGCGGAAGAAUUGGAGCAACUUCGCCGUGGUCUUCACAGAGACGGCGAACAAGCACAUGACUCUGCAAUGUGCUCAACAGCUGCACUGCCACAUGCAGUUGGAUCGCGCUCAAAACGUUCUUGAGAUCGCUGCAGGAGCUGGGCUGGGCUCACUCGACGCUGCUCAAUACCUGUUUGACGGGGGCUCUAAGCUGCGGACGUUCACAGUCACGGACUUGUCGCCGGUGAUGGUCGGGAUGGCCAAGGAGAACUUCAAUGGCGUGGAUUCAAGAGGUGUCGACAUCCAGUUCACGGAAGCCAACGGCCAGGACUUGGAAAUUGUGACGGGUUCGAUGGAUCGAUACAUUGCCAGUCUGUGUCUUCAACUCGCUCCAGAUCCCGAUGCCAUGCUGCGUGAAGCGAAGCGAGUGUUAACCCCUGACGGUAUUGCAGGGUUUACCAUUUGGGGAUCUCCUGAUCGAAGCGGAACGUUCGCUAUUAACGCAGCAGCUAAUAAAGAGCUGGGACUCGAGGAGAACACGGCGGAGCACUCCAACUUCAUCAUGGGGAAAGAUCUACCAGCGUUGCGUGAGCGGUUUGCACAGGCUGGUUUCAACCACGUGCAGAUCUGGCCGUUCCAGUGUGUAGUGGAGCUCUGGAGUGGAGAACAGUUCGCGAAGUUGCACCACGAAAUGUUCCCACUUGAACGUGGUCAGGAAGGACUCAAAGAUCGACGGUACGCUAUCGUAAAGCGAAAGGCUGACGAAUGGCUUGCUAGUGGCACACCUAUUGGGCUGGAAACCUACAUAAUCGUCGCCAGAGGCUCGGUAGACAAACUCAAGGCGAUGCUGUAA